UGCUUUGGUGUUCAAGGAUGAUAGAAAUGUAAGGGACCAAUAUGUAAAUAUAACAUCUCUAUUUAUAAGCCUAACCUAUCCACCGUCUUCCUCUUCGGUCGCGGCUACGGUUUUGCGGAGGGCGACUCCAAUGGGGAAGGGAACCGGGAGCUUCGGGAAGCGGAGGAACAAGACCCACACCCUCUGCGUCCGCUGCGGUCGCCGCAGCUUCCACCUCCAGAAGAGCCGCUGCGGUGCCUGCGGCUACCCUUCUAGCCGGAUCCGCAAAUAUAACUGGAGCGUGAAGGCGAUCCAGAGGAAGACGACGGGAACCGGGAGGAUGCGGUACCUCCGCCACGUACCACGCCGCUUCAAGAGCAACUUCCGCGAAGGUACUCAAGCGGCUCCCAGGAAGAAGAACGUGGCUGGCUCUUAAUUUUAAUGUCAACCUUCAGUGAGUCGCUUCGGACUUGGAGCUCAGGAGUUUUUUUCCAAGUAGAAACUGAUGCAAAUUGAUCUCUCUUCUUAGGUGUUGGAUCAAACUUUCAAUCUCAGAUUAUUAUUGAACUUUGAGUUGAAAUAGAAAAGAUUACUAUUUUCUGGGAAAAAAGUUGUGUAUUCCGUUUUAAUUGGGUUUCUUCUAUAUAUCUGAAUGCAUAUAUAUUUGACGAA